AUGGAUUCUGAUUAUGGUAUUCCAAGAGAGCUCUCAGAUCUUCAAAAGCUUAGAUCUUUAUACAAACCAGAGCUUCCUCCUUGUCUACAAGGGACAACGGUUAGGGUUGAAUUUGGUGAUGCAACAACGACUGCUGACCCUUCUGAUGAAGCUUCUAUAAGUAGAUCUUUCCCUAAUACCUAUGGACAACCUUUGGCUCAUUUUCUUAGGGCUUCUGCUAAAGUUCCUGAUGCUCAGAUCAUAACUGAACACCCUCCAAUUAGGGUUGGAAUUGUGUUCUGUGGUAGACAAUCUCCUGGUGGACACAAUGUUAUUUGGGGUCUUCACUCUGCUCUCAAUAUUCAUAACCCUAAGAGUGUUUUGCUUGGAUUUCUUGGUGGUUCAGAAGGUCUAUUUGCACAGAAAACUUUGGAGAUAACUGAAAGUGUUCUCGAGACAUACAAAAAUCAAGGUGGUUAUGAUUUGCUUGGGCGUACGAAAGAUCAAAUUAAGACAACUGAACAAGUCAAUGCCGCACUUGCUGCAUGCAACAAUUUGAAACUUGAUGGCCUUGUCAUCAUUGGAGGUGUGACAUCAAACACGGAUGCUGCUCAGCUUGCAGAAACAUUUGCUGUUGCAAAAUGUCCCACAAAGGUGGUUGGUGUUCCUGUGACUUCGAAUGGAGAUCUUAAAAACCAGUUUGUGGAAACAAAUGUUGGAUUUGAUACAAUUUGUAAGGUGAAUUCCCAGCUCAUCAGCAACGUCUGCACCGAUGCUCUCUCUGCGGAGAAGUAUUAUUAUUUCAUCCGUCUCAUGGGACGCAAAGCAUCACAUGUUGCUUUGGAAUGCACUCUUCAGUCCCAUCCAAACAUGGUAAUUCUCGGGGAGGAGGUUGCUCAAUCUAAGCUUACCCUUUUUGAAAUUUCACGAAAGAUUUCCGACGCAAUUCAGGCUAGAGCAGAGCAAGACAAAUAUCACGGAGUAAUCCUCCUUCCAGAAGGUCUGAUUGAGAGCAUUCCUGAAGUGUAUGCACUCUUAAAGGAAAUUCACGGUUUACUCCGACAAGGUGUUGCUGCUGAUAACAUAUCUGUUCAGCUUUCACCAUGGGCUUCUGCUUUAUUUGAAUUUCUACCACCAUUUAUCAGGAGACAGCUGCUUCUUUACCCUGAAUCCGAUGACUCAGCACAGUUGUCUCAGAUCGAGACCGAGAAACUUCUAGCAUACCUUGUGGAAGUAGAGAUAAACAAGCGUCAGAAAGAAGGCACAUACAAGGGAAAGAAAUUCAAUGCCAUCUGUCACUUUUUCGGAUAUCAAGCUCGAGGAUCCCUUCCAUCAAAGUUUGACAGUGACUAUGCAUAUGUUCUUGGACACGUCUGCUACCAUAUGCUUGCUGCUGGUUUGAAUGGAUACAUGGCAACUAUAACUAACUUGAAGAAUCCUGUAAACAAGUGGAAAUGUGGUGCCGCUCCAAUUUCAUCUAUGAUGACGGUGAAGCGUUAUUCUCCAAAUCCCGGCGCUACAUCAAUCGGAAAACCUGCUAUCCAUCCAGCUACUGUGGAUCUGAGAGGCAAAGCAUACGAGCUGUUGCGUGGAAACGCGACAAGCUUUCUUAUGGAUGAUAUUUAUAGAAAUCCUGGCCCACUACAGUUUGAUGGCCCUGGUGCCGAUGCAAAGCCUAUAACUCUUAAUGUCGAAGACCAAGACUACAUGGGUCGCAUUAAGAAACUUCAGGAGUACCUUGAACAGGUCCGAACCAUUGUAAAGCCAGGGUGUCCUCAAGAGGUUCUGAAAGCGGCUUUGAGCGUCAUGGGAUCUGUUACCGAAGUUCUGACCGCAAUGUCAUCAUCUUCCGGCCACACGUCAUCCAUUUAA